AUGGGAAAAGAAAUCCAGCUACGGCCCAAGGUGAACGUGUCUUCUUACAUCCACUUUUUGCUGAAUUACAGGAACAAGUUCAAGGAGCAGCAGCCAAACACCUACCUGGGCUUUAAAGAGUUCUCUAGAAAGUGCUCAGAAAAAUGGAGGUCCAUAUCGAAGCAUGAAAAGGCCAAAUAUGAAGCCCUGGCCAAGCUCGACAAAGCCCGAUACCAGGAAGAAAUGAUGAAUUACGUGGGCAAGAAGAAGAAGCGGAGAAAGCGGGACCCCCAGGCGCCCAGGCGGCCCCCCUCGUCCUUCCUGAUCUUCUGUCAAGACCACUAUGCCCAGCUAAAGAGGGAGAACCCCACCUGGUCAGUCGUGCAGGUGGCGAAGGCCUCGGGGAGGAUGUGGUCCGCAACGUCAGGUGCCGAGAAGCAGCCGUACGAGCAAAGAGCAGCUGUCCUGAGAGCCAGGUACCAGGAGGAGCUGGAGGUCUACCGUCAGCAGCGCAACACCAGGAAGGGCCUCCAAGGGUCGCCUAAGAACGAGCGCAGAGGGAAAGCCGACCCGGACGGAGCCGACGGGUCCAAUUAG